AUGGGUUUUCUCCUGCAGCUCAUUGCGGGCUUUGUGCUCCUCUCGCUGGUGUUAGUAGUCAGGAUAUGGCUGGUGCUGAGGAGCCCGGGCAUACACCGCGCUGCCAGGAAAGGCCAUGUGAGCCUGCUGGCGGUGGCGGGUUCUGGUGGCCAUACAACUGAAAUCCUGAGACUACUAAGCAGUUUGUCCACAUCAUAUUCACCAAUUCACUAUGUACUUGCUGAAACAGAUAAGAUGAGUGAAGACAAAAUCUGUUCUUUUGAAAGUGCCAAAGUCAAUGGGAUCCCCAAGCCACUGUACACCAUCCACCGCAUUCCCAGGAGCCGAGAAGUCAGACAGUCCUGGAGUUCCUCUGUCUUAACCACCAUACAGUCCUUCCUAUACUCCUUUCCAUUAACUGUCCAUCUGAAGCCAGACUUGGUAGGUCAUUCAUAUUUUGCUGUGUAGUGUUA